CCUUUGCUUUUGAUUGGGUAAUGGAAGAAGGCUGAGCCGCUUAAUGGCUAUGAGUGAUUAAGGGGCGUGUUUUGUCAGUGUGGGCCCCGGGAGGUGCCUGCUGCUGUGGCGAGAGCUGUACGCGGUAUUGUCGGGGGGCUGAAAAAAAACAACAACAAAAAAAAGUAAUGGUUCCGUGUUACUAAGUAGGGGCAAGCCGGUAUGGCGCGAAGCCCAGGAGAGAGCAGCGUGUCCCCCUCCGCCAGCUUGCGUGGAACUAGGGAGACACUGAGUGACCCCGAACUCGAGUCUCUGGGCUCCGACUCCGAGGUUAACGGGUUCCCCGCGGAAAGGAGGACCGAUAAGUACGGAUUCCUGUUGAAGACCGAGGUCGAUGGAGAGACGCAGGAAGCAUUGCCGGUUGACGUACUCAGGCAGAGGGAGGCAAAAUGGCUUGACAUGCUCGGAAACUGGGAUAAAUGGAUGGCAAAGAGGCACAAAAAGAUAAAGCUGCGAUGUCAGAAGGGGAUUCCACCAUCGCUUCGCGGGCGAGCCUGGCAGUACCUUUCUGGAAGCAGAGUAAAGAUGGACCAAAACAAAGAAAAAUUUAAAGAGCUGGAUACCAUGGUUGGUGACCCCAAGUGGUUGGAUGUAAUAGAAAGGGACCUACAUAGGCAGUUUCCAUUCCAUGAGAUGUUUGUUGCCCGUGGUGGUCAUGGACAGCAGGAUCUCUUCAGGGUUCUGAAGGCUUAUACCCUGUACCGUCCUGAUGAAGGCUACUGUCAGGCCCAGGCCCCCAUAGCUGCUGUCCUGCUCAUGCAUAUGCCAGCUGAGCAAGCGUUUUGGUGUCUAGUGCAGAUCUGCGAGAAGUACCUUCCGGGAUAUUACAGUGAGAAGCUGGAAGCGAUUCAGCUGGAUGGAAGGAUCCUCUUCUCUCUGCUCCGUAAAGUGUCUCCAGUAGCUUACAAGCAUCUAAGCAAGCAGAAGAUUGACCCCAUCCUGUACAUGACUGAAUGGUUCAUGUGUGCAUUCUCACGCACUCUUCCCUGGAGCUCGGUCCUGCGCGUCUGGGACAUGUUUUUCUGUGAAGGUGUGAAGAUCAUAUUUCGCGUGGCACUUGUUCUGUUAAAGUAUUCACUUGGCUCCUCUGAGAAGCUCAAGUCCUGUCAGGGCCAAUAUGAGACCAUGGAAAAGUUGAAGGCCAUUGACCCCAAAUACAUGCAGGAGAACUUCCUUAUUGCUGAGAUUGUGGAGUUGCCGAUUACUGAACGUGAUGUGGAACGAGAAACUCUGAUACAGCUGAAGAAAUGGAAAGAGGAGUAUGGGGAAUUGCAGUGUAAAUCUCCUCCCCGUAUGCAUGGGGCCAAAGCAAUUAGUGAUUCAGAUCCAUGGAGCCACAAACCGUUGGAGCACUCCCCUUCCAUAAUUCUCCCACUUCACAUGGCAAGUAAGAAGAAUAGGGAACAGAAGCUAAUGGAGAAAGAACAAGAGAAGCUACGAGCUAAGGAAGCCAAGGAGAGGGAAAAGGAAGAUAAAGAGAAGAGAAAACUAGAAAAGAAAAAGAGUAAGGGCAAGGGGGACCAGUCUAAUGGGGGUGUGAAAGAAGAAAAUGGAGGGGAAGGGGAAAGAGACCACCGGCAGGAACCGGGCCAGCCUCUGAUGCCCAAUAAGAAUGUAAAGGACACCUUCAAAGUGCACCAGUCAAAUGAGAGCCUGUGCUCCAAAGAGAGUGAAGAUACAUAUUUAUAACUGUUUCACAUCCAUCCUCUUCCAUGACAUGACCACUUCCUCCUAUCCCUGUUGUCUGCGUUAGGAGUCACAGUCCUCUGUUCCAGUAACACUAUCCUUCCUAACAGUUGCACAGAAGGUACAUUGGAUUCUAGAAAUGGAAUGUGGAGCAAGGCAGAUACAGACACAUUCUUGUUUUAUGCGAAAUCUAUAUUUUGAAUGUGGUAAAUAACCUGAAAACCUACCAGAACGGUUACAGUCAUGCAUACCUCAUCUUUGAGGAAUCCGUAUGAUUCUUUAACUCUUAAAUAAGCCUCUGUCAUGGCACAAAACCAGUGGGAAUUAUAAAUGAAUGGCUGAAAAGGGAGUAAAGUAACUAUAUGGGAAUAUUAUCCGUUGUAAGCUGUACGAUAUCUCUGUAUUAUGACUGGUGUCACUGUUAGAUGUGUCAGGCUUACGCCCUGCACUUUGCACCAUUCCAAAUGUCCUGCUACCGAGCACAGGACAUCUUCCUCUAUGCACAAAGAUUUCAUUGUUUCCUCAUUAAAUGGGACCAGCGUGAGAAGAUAACACACAGGCUCUCUUUCUCUAUCUCUAAAAAUCAUUGUAACAUUAAAUGGACCAGCAGAGAAACUGGCUCUGUAUUUAGCAUA